AUGAAGAUAGAUUUAAAUAUGGCAGCUGCUGAAGGCAAUAGUGUUAAAUCAAUUGUGGUGGCGAAUGUCUAUCAGGUUGAAUCAAAAGCUGGCGGCCAUGUUUAUGCAAUUAAGCAGAUUGAGUUACUGAAAGAGGAGAGGAAUGAUGUAUUAAUCAAUCGAGAGGUAAGCAUUUUGCAAACGCUAAAUCACGUAAACGUGGUCAGGUAUGACGCAGCCUGGCGUGAACAUGGUACACCAGAUGUUGAACUUGAUAAGGUUUACAUCAUGAUGGAUUACUGCGAUUACAACCUACAACAAGUGUACGAUAUUAUCACCAGCGUAUAUAAACGCAAAACCCAUGAGACAAUAUGCCCUGUGUCAUAUUUUAUUAAACUGACCCUGGUCGAAGGGAUACUUGUGGGGUUGGGUUACCUGCACGAUAUGGGCAUAAUGCAUCGUGAUAUAAAACAGAAUAAUAUACUGGUGAAACAGGAUGGUGAUUGUUGGACAGUUAAACUAUGCGAUUUUGGAUUGGCCAAGGUGGAAAAGUCCGGGUCGCAACAUACACAAAGUGUGGGCACUGUAUCAUAUAAAGCACCCGAGGUGAAACAUGGUGGUGAAUACAAUCAUCUAGCUGAUGUGUUUAGCCUGGGCAUUAUGUUAAUGCAAUUUGAUGUAAAUGUUAACAAGUAA